GUGCUACAGUGUUGCAGGAAAGUAAAAAUAUCUUCAAGCGACAGUUGAAGUCGUCCGGUACUGAUUAAACAGCCAGCUAGAUAGUGCCAACAAGAUCAGAGAGAACGUGUUAGAUCGAGAGACCGACUUGUCUUCACAUAAAAUCAACUUUAAAAAGGACAGCCAGUAUAAUGUUUUAUUCAAAUGCAUGGACUAAGUGCUUGAUAUGCCUUAUCUUUUUAACAAGUGGAAAUGCCGAGUGUCCCAAACCUCAUGUAGAGGGAAAUGUUGUUCUAACGAAUGAUGCGCUAUUAAUGAACGAUUUUCCGGAGGGGGAGGAAGCCACUUUUGAGUGUGCCAACGGCUACUUGAAAGAGCAAGGAUCUGAAAGUAUCACCUGCACGAGUGGAAAGUGGAGCACGCUCGAAUUAACCUGCAAAAAGAAGGACUGUGGUGCCCCCAGGAAGAUGCCACAUUUGACAUAUGAGUUAAAGGAAGGCACGCUUUUUGGUGCAUCAGCAAGAGCAAUCUGUGAUAAAGGUUAUCAACUUAUGGGCCCAAGUUACAGGCAGUGUUAUGCCACAGGUUGGAGUGGAAGACCAAGAUGUAAAGUGGUAACUUGCGAUAAACCUCCUGAGAUAAUGCAUGGCACGAUCAUAGAGAAGCCUGGCAAAGAGUUACCAGAGUAUGGUGGUGUCAUACAGUACUCCUGUAAUGAAGGUUACACCCUCAUUGGAAACAAAUCAAUUGAGUGCAUUGAAGAUGGUGAAUACAACUCUUUACCUCCUGAAUGUAAAGAUGUCAAUGACAUUCUUUUGAAAGCAACAACUACAUCAACAUCAUCAAUAACAACAACAUCGACUGUUAUACCCACAAUACGAGAUGUCAAUGACAUUCUUUUGAAACCAACAACUAUAUCAACAUCAUCAGUAACAACAACAUCGACUGUUCCACCCACAAUACGAGUUUCAGGGAGGAAUAAUGGCGUUGGGGAACAUGACACCAAUGCAGCUACUGAGUUUGCAGCAGUUGUGGGAAGUGGGAUCGGCACUGUCAUAGCUCGUACCAGUUUGGAGAAGACCGAAGUCGAACAGAGGAAUUAUUACAAUUUCAAAAUAACUAAGUUGAAUGCCUACCCAAGGGCUAGGACUGCACCUAUCUCCGAGUGUCCCAAACCUCAAGUAGAGGGAAAUGUUGUUCUAACGAAUGAUGCGCUAUUAAUGAACGAUUUUCCGGAGGGGGAGGAAGCCACUUUUGAGUGUGCCAACGGCUACUUGAAAGAGCAAGGAUCUGAAAGUAUCACCUGCACGAGUGGAAAGUGGAGCACGCUCGAAUUAACCUGCAAAAAGAAGGACUGUGGUGCCCCCAGGAAGAUGCCACAUUUGACAUAUGAAUUAAAGGAAGGCACGCUUUUUGGUGCAUCAGCAAGAGCAAUCUGUGAUAAAGGUUAUCAACUUAUGGGCCCAAGUUACAGUCAGUGUUAUGCCACAGGUUGGAGUGGAAGACCAAGAUGUAAAGUGGUAACUUGCGAUAAACCUCCUGAGAUAAUGCAUGGCACGAUCAUAGAGAAGCCUGGCAAAGAGUUACCAGAGUAUGGUGGUGUCAUACAGUACUCCUGUAAUGAAGGUUACACCCUCAUUGGAAACAAAUCAAUUGAGUGCAUUGAAGAUGGUGAAUACAACUCAUUACCUCCUGAAUGUAAAGAUGUCAAUGACAUUCGUUUGAAACCAACAACUAUAUCAACAUCAUCAGUAACAACAACAUCGACUGUUCCACCCACAAUACGAGAUGUCAAUGACAUUCUUUUGAAACCAACAACUAUAUCAACAUCAUCAGUAACAACAACAUCGACUGUUCCACCCACAUUACAAGAUGUCAAUGACAUUCUUUUGAAACCAACAACUAUAUCAACAUCAUCAGUAACAACAACAUCGACUGUUCUACCCACAUUACAAGAUGUCAAUGACAUUCUUUUGAAACCAACAACUAUAUCAACAUCAUCAGUAACAACAACAUCGACUGUUCCACCCACAAUACGAGUUUCAGGGAGGAAUAAUGGCGUUGGGGAACAUGACACCAAUGCAGCUACUGAGAAUGCAGCAGUUGUGGGAAGUGGGAUCGGCACUGUCAUAGCUCGUACCAGUUUGGAGAAGACCGAAGUCGAACAGAGGAAUUAUUACAAUUUCAAAAUAACUAAGUUGAAUGCCUACCCAAGGUACCUACAGUUCAUACAUAUCAUUAUAUUAAAACCAUUAUUCAAAAAUAUGUCCACCAUCUUUUAACCAAAGUCUCACUCAUAUGACUAUACGGUUUGUGUUAGUCUUUGAGCUUGAGUAAUCUAAAUAGUGACACUAUUGUUAAAACUGCUCCGCUGAGUCAAUGCUUUGUCUAAAAUGUCUCAUUUCU